GGAGGCGACGACGCGCACAUACACACCCUCAGUGUUCACAUACGGAGGAGAGGAGGACAGAGGAGAAGACAGAGAGGAGAAGAAGAAGAAGAAGCAGAGGAGGAGAGGGGAAAGCGCAGAGGAGGAGAUGCCCGCUGGACGGAUGGAUUUUAUUUUCCCCGAGCUUCUCUAAGACAACAUGGGCUGCAUAGGAUCCCGGACGAUCACAGCGGAUGCGGUGCCGGUACGGAAAGAUGGGGAUCAGCAUGGCCGUGCCGAGUUUUCCUGGGAAGGAAUCAAUUUGUCCAUGGAGGACACUACUUCCAUUCUGCCUCGUCUCAAGAGGAAGCCCGCCAACACCUAUGGGAUCGGUGCCCUGGCUAAGUCCUCUCUGACAGGUGUGUCAGGCGUGACUCGCUCCAUGAAGGACAAGGUGACCAAGCCCACUGCCAUGGCCCAGGGUCGGGUCGCCCACAUGAUCGAGUGGCAGAGCUGGGGCAAACCAUCUGCGGGGCCGAUGGGGGGCGCGGGACAUACCAACCUGCAGAGGGAAAAGGAGAGGAGGAUGGAGAACGAUGCCUACAGUGACCUCAGCGAUGGCGAAAAGGAGGCUCGCUUUGCUGCAGGCAUCAUGCAGCAGUUUGCCAUCUCUGAGGCGACUCUGUUUGGCUGGAACUCGAUGGAUGGGGAGAGUAUGGGAGCCGGCUCCAACCAGGGCAGCGUCGCUCACCUCAGUGAGGUCAACCAGGAGAGCAUCACCAGCAGAGACCAGGUGCUCCACCACUCCUCUGCCGAUGUCUGGCCUCACACCUACGUCUCACAGGGCCUGUACUGCCUGUCAUCUUCUGACGCCUGGGACCCAAUCACCAGCCAGCCCUCGGGGGUGGCCUCGCCUGCUGCAGGCUCCUACAUCAUGGCUGCGGGUGGUAGCAGUGGAGCAGGGGGAACACCUGGUGAGGGCUACGAGGGAAUGGUAGGCGGUUACCUUCAGCAGCACCAUGCUCAACUCGCCCUGCAGCAGCAGAGUCAACUCCAACAGCUCCAACAGCUCCAUCAUUACCAGCAGCAACAGUUCCUGCAGUACCAACAGCAACAGUCUAUGGAGCACAGGCUACACAGUGCCUCCCAUUCCCUCCAAGCCACUCCCAACAGCACCAUCCACAGCCUGGGUCCUCCCACCCAUCCUCGGCUAGCCGACCUGUGGGGAGCAGCGCAGGUUGAGGCACACCAGGUGGAGAUUGUUGGGCAGCUGAGUGCACAGAUGGCAGAGAUGGUCGGAGGAGUGGUGGAGACGGUCGGAGAGGAGCCGGAGCCCGAGUCCGAAGGCAUCCCUGAGCAGCAUGAAGAGGAGGAUGAGGAACUGACCAAGGUGGAGGAGGUAACAUUAACCCUGGAGCCAGAACCGUGCUCUCUGACACCAUCCCCGCUGAGGGAGGACGCCCCUUCCACCAGAGGUUCAAGCCCCGGACUACUAGCACAGACCACCGAAUCGGUCGCAGAGAGAAUACCGUUUGACGUCACGCCCUGCGUAGUCCAGUCGUUGGAAGAGAAGGACGAAGAGGCGGAGGAGGGCUCCAUUGUUGUUGUUGCAACCAACUGAAUCAUACGAUCACAAAAAGACCUAUAAAAACAGGAAAUAAAUACUUCAAUAAUCAAUCAAGCUAUUAUCCCAAUCCCUCCCUGUCCCAAAUAUUUACCUACUUUGAGCCUAAGGAAAAGUGAGAUGGAAAUGUGGGAUGUAAUGUACACAAACUAAACACCUAAUUUAGUAUGGAAAAAGUGGACUAUGUGACAAUGAAGAAUUGAUAUUUAUGCAGAUGAGAGACUUGAACUCAGUGACUGCUAAGAUGGAUCAACGGAAAGUUUGGACCAAAUGGACCAAAGCAUCAGAAUUUGAACUGGAGACGAAUGGAUGGAUGUGAAAUUCUCAAUAAAAGAAGAAGGUAGGACAAGAAGAACAAAGAAAGGGCCUAUUUAAAAAUUCAGUGCAAUACAACAAACAUGGACACAAACAGGGUUUGCAAAUAAUUCAGAGUGCCUGGUUCAAGUUGCUUUUAGCAUCAGAAGUAGGCGUUUGUGUACAAAAAACCUUGCAGGGCCACAAAUACCUGGUCGGAGAGCUGCUUGAUUUGCUAAUUAAUGUGUUUUGGUUUGACUGACAGCCUGGCCGGCGCCAAGCUGAUUUGUCUUGAUGAGGUAAACCCAGUGUAAUCUAAAAACCUAAAAAAAGAGCAACCUGAAGCGUGCACUCGAGGUUAUUUGCAAACACAUGAUCUGGACACAACCAAAAGAAAGUGCAUGCUUUUUAACAGUGCCCUAGCCCUACCAGUAUAACACAGUAUACAAAGUAAUGAUAUAUCAAAUUGCUUUUUAUAAUAAAAGACAAAAAUCCAGUAAACUGAUAUGUAUUUGUAUGAAUGUAAGACUGUAUGUAUGUAUAGUAUGUAUGUUUGUAUGACUGUAGCUUUGUUUGUGUGUAAAAAUAUAUAUAUUCUGGGAAACUAA